UAUUUCUGACACACACAGGACACACAGUACUUCUACAUCACAGAUAGGUGUGCAGAGCGAGACAUCUUGAUGUUCUAAGAGCAAUUAAUCGAUGGCAACUGGACUGUUUGGUUUGAGUUGAAGACGUCUGGACUCUCUUACAAGGCCCCACGGGACAAUUGUGCCUUGUAGGAAGGGUGUGUGCCUGCAGGGGGCGCACAACGCCACAAUGUGUGGCGUCAUGAAGCCAAAGAAGAAGAAGAAAACGACAACAAGGAAGGCGCACAGUUGCACGCACUCAUGAAGGUUCUGCGGUGGAUGUUUUAUCUCGGCUCCAUUUUCACGUAAACCAAGUACGCCCGGCACUUGGACUGUCUGUUGGUGUUCACUCAUUGGGGAAACAUGUAUCGCGGUCGGCCUCCACCGAGGGGACCUUACCCGCCAUCUUUCGAGGGCCGCGGCCGACCGCCGUUGCAGCCUUACCCACCACCAGGCCGCGGAAGGAGCCUAGGCAGACCUCCACACCACUCCGAGCCUUACCCACCACCAGGCCGAGGCAGACCUCCACACCACUCCGAGCCUUACCCACCACCAGGCCGAGGCAGACCUCCACACCACUCCGAGCCUUACCCACCACCAGGCCGCGGAAGGAGCCGAGGCAGACCUCCACACUACUCCGAGCCUUACCCACCACCAGGCCGCGGAAGGAGCCGAGGCAGACCUCCACACCACUACGAGCCUUACCCACCACCAGGCCGAGGCAGACCUCCACACCAUCACGACCACGGCUAUCCGGACCACCGGCGCUCGCCGCCGCACGGAAAAUACCCUCCUUCGCCCUCAAGAGACUACCAUGGUCGAGGGCACUCGUCCGGAUCUCCACACCGAGAGAGGUCUCACUCGCCCCGCCCGGGGCAUCCCAUCAACCACAACCUCGUCAUCACCGUUGACAACGAGCUCACAGGCCCCUCCUCGCAUCACCACGACAGGGACCUACACCGCAAGUAUGAGCACAGUCACAGCCGAGAGCGAAGUCCGGACCGGAGCCGGGCAAAAAGUCGAGGACGCAGCAAGAGCCGGGCGAGGAGCAAGAGCCGGGCGAGGAGCAAGAGCCGGGCGAGGAGCAAGAGCCGGGCAAGGAGCAAGAGCCGGAGUUUGGACCGCAGCCGGGCUAAGAGCCGGGGUCGCAGUCUGAGCCGCCCUCGCCGCAGGUCUAGAUCCAGGUCCAGAUCCAGUUCUAGAUCCAGGUCCAGAGGUAGGAGCCAUGGUCGGUCCUCGCCAAGUCGGAACCGCAGCAAAAGCAGGAGGAGUCGAAGCAGCUCCAGCAGUAGCGCUGAACGAGGAAGCAGGAGAAACUUGAACCAGCUGCGAGGCGUUGGCCGCAGGAAGGCACUGGAGGACACUUGGAGUCUGCCCACCAAGUCCAUACUGAAGAAACACGGCGAAAACGAAGACUCGUCAUCACUAAAGAGCACAGACUCGCCGAGAGAAGCAGCGGGGUCCACCAUUUCUACCGUGGCCGAGCAACUGCUGCAGGCUUGCAGAGGGAUGGAGCCGGCCGCCAUGGCGUCCAUGUUGAUGCAGCUGCAGUCCGACCCGCUGAUCGCUCAGAGUGUGGACAUCAAGGAGAUCGUCAACCUACUGGACGCCGGCAUGAGCGGAAGAGCAGAGAGCCCAGAAAAGACGGCGGCGGACAUGGACGACGAGGAGAAGUUCCUGUACGGGGAGUCUCUGGAGCCCAAAUAUUCGGCGCAGUCUCAGCCGGCCCAGAGCCACACGUUUGAUCUUUACGAGGACGUAACGGAGGAGGCGCUGUACAGCGAUUAUCUGCCUCGCGCCGCCUCCCCCAUGUAUGGCACCCCACCUGUGGCGUUGCCCCACCUCCAGGCCUCUCCUACCACCAGCGACGUGGACUCCAUCUGGCCUCCCUCCGGCCUCAAGCCCAACAGUACCGCCCCGGCGUCGACUUCUGCCCCCGAGUCAGAAGAAGUGACGCACAAGCAGGAUUUGGACGAGUACCAGAACAUCCAGGACUUGCUGAAAACCAUCGGCUUGGACCUCGGCGUGACCGAGAUAACUAAAAUGGCCGCCAGGACCAAGGAGCGACUGGAGGGAAACAAGCCCGCCCGCAAGACGCCGACGAAGCGCAGACGCCACUCGUCCAGCAGCUCGGAGGACAGCCGCGGGAGGCGGAGCCACAGUAGGAGUAGUAGCAGCAGCAACAGCUCGGGCUCCAGCGGCGACGACGCCGCACGCGCCGCCUCCAAAGAGUCGCAGCAGCAAGCGUCCGACACCACGACGGCACUGCCCGUUCUGCCCGUCCCCUCCUACCCCCCACCCCAGGUGCACAACAUGAUUCCCGCCGCCUACGGCCAGUACGUCGGCUUUGUGCCAUACACACAGCCGCAGUGGUCGCCCAUGUACCCGGCCCCCAACAACUUCCACCCCUCCCUGCCGUACAACCAACAGCCACCCCUCGAGCGCAAGGUCAAAGCGUCUCCCGUCCUCGUCCAGGUGUCGAAGCAGGAAAACAAUGAGAGCGAGAAGCAGAAGGUACUGGAGGAGCGUGAGAACCUGAAACAGGAGCGGGACAUGCGGAUGAAAAAGAAGGAAUACUUCAUUAAAGAAUUGGAGGAGCUACGCAAGCAGCAAGGUGAGCUGCUGAGGAAGAAGAGGCGAGAGAAAGACGGCCACAAAGACCCGCUGCUGCAGGAGAUCGGCCGCCUGCAGGAGGACAUCAUCGAACGGAUCUCCAACCUCCGCAAGGAGCACGAGGCAGCCGAGAAGAAACACAGCGAGAUCGACAAAGUGGCGUUCAUCCUGGGUCUGAGCGCUUCCGACCGCCCCCGCAGGCUGGCUGACGCGCAGGAGGACGACGCCUCGCAGCCCCGCAGCAAAAUGCAGGCGAUCGAGCACAGCCCUGGACGCCAACAAGAUGGCAGCAUGUCUCAGAAGCAGAAAGUCCCGGAACCCAAGCCGCCGGUCAUUUCACAGACUCCGCCCCCUGACCUGUUUGAGUACUACGACGCCGGCAACCACUGGUGUAAAAACUGUAACACCACCUGCGGCUCCAUGUUUGAUUUUUUUACCCACUUGCACAGCAAAACGCACUGGAAGACGCUGGACCCUUACCACAGGCCUUGGGCUUCGUCGCCGUCCAAAGUCCUUCAGAGCAAACCACCAACAGAAGAGAAGCUAACAAAACCAGCCAAAGGUUCGGAGUUCCUACUUCCUGUCCGAGGAUUUUUCUGUCUGCUGUGUAAGAAGUUCUUUGGAGACGGCAUAUGUGCAGAAGAGCACACCACCACUCACUUUCACAACGACUGCUACAAGAAAAAAUUUUACGAGAAUCCGCUGUACGAGCAGAGAAGGAACCUGGACAGGCAAGCCGGACUGGUCGCCGACGCGACUGCAAAGAAGCUGAAGGACAAAAGCGGCAAAAAGAAAGCCAAGAAAGAAAAACAAGAUGAAAAGCGUGCAUUGAAAGUGGAACAAGAGGAAGAGAAGGCAAAAGCUCUGAAGAUAGAGGAGUUCAAAAUGAGCAAGACUCGAGAUGAGCACAGUCCUUGUCCCAGCAAGAAAUACGAGGAUGAAAAGUACGAGUCCAAGAAGAAGGACAAGUGCUAUCCUGACAGAGAGGAAGACGUCAGGCUCAAGUACAGCAGGAGACAUGAGGAGGAGCCAGGUAUCCGUCGUUAUCGACAUCACAGACAGGAAGAGGACAAGUACGACCGACGGCCCCGAUACGACCCGAGAGACGAGGACAAGCACAAAUUUGCGAAAUAUUCCGAGGGCUAUUCCAAACACGAGGGUGAACGAGAAGUCAGUAGCGUGGAGAACACGUCGAACAAAAGCCAAGCUACGCUAGAAGCAAACAAGCAACCGAAGCCUUACGAUCCGCCGAAAGUCAUGAGUGGACCGAGUCCGGCAAUGAGAGCUAAACUCCGCAAGCAAAGCUUGGAAGCCACCAAGCACGCGGCUGUGACCUCGGCGCCUACCUUUGGGAGGUUUACUUGGAAGAAAAAGGAGAGUCAGCUGGCUCUGGAUGCCAAGAAAGAGGCCGCCCAGUUCGUCAAGGAGGAGGAAGAAUCCUUGAAGAAAGCCAAAGCUGACGGUAGUUCCACUGCCGACACUUUUGCAAAGUCCGUAGCCCUCGCCCAAGAGAUCACUCAAAAGAUGUGUGGGGAUAGAAGGACCAUGCCUUUGGCGUCAAAGGGGGUCAAACAAUCUCAGAUCCGACCCAACUUUCCUGUCCCUGCCUCAGAAUUCAAUACAACAGUCAUGACGGGAAAAGCCGCACAGUUCGUAAAACCCCAGAGCUCAGGUAGUCCAACAGAGACUAAACCUAUUUUCGCAGCUUCUAACACAAAGUUUGGUCCUCAUCCCCCUGUGGUCCCCAGACCAGUUCUGACUGUCUCUCAGCCUGCCUCGUUAGUCCCCAGCCUCGCUCGUGCUGUGUCUCCGCCUGCCUCCUCAGUCCCCAGCCUAGUAUCGUCUGUGUCUCAGCCUGCCUCCUCAAUCCCUAGCCUAGCUCCGACUGUGUCUCAGCCUGCCUCCUCAAUUCCCAGAUCUGCUUUGCUUGUGUCAAAUUCUGCCUUCUCAGUUUCCAAAGCAUCUCCACCCGCAUCUUUAUCGUUAACUAUUCCUGAUCCGAAACUGUCUGGGCUUGAGCCAUUGGUGGCUGACCCAGUUCCCCAAGAAUCGAAACCUAACACAGCAGAUGCCGCUAUAUUUGAAACAUCAACAAACGAGCCAGAUGUGACAGCUCCCGGUGUCCCCGAGAGUGAGCAGACUCAGGCCGUGUUUGUCAAGCCCCCACCGUUCAUCAACACAAGUGAAGGAUCUAAGAGGUCUGAGAAACCAAAAAGUAACCUGGCUGCAGCUAAAGCCCAGGACUUAUUUGGUAUCUUCUACAGCAGCAUAGACAAACUAGGACCUUUGUCGUUUACAAAGUCGACUACAGCCAACAGAGGUGAAAAGAGUAGCACCCAGUCCAUUAGCAGUCCUUCUCCAAGCCAACAAGCUCCACAACCUUCUAACACACCUCAGCAGACACAAAAUGGUUUGCCACAAACCCCAGAACCAGAGUCUCAGUUAGAUAUUCAUAUUGAAUCUGCUUGGUCUUUACAGACUGGCUUGAACUUAGCAUCUGAGAGGGUUCAGAGUCCGCAUGAUCAUGAACCUGCUAAGACAGCACCCACGUCACAAAGUCAGCAUGAGGAAAAAACAGAUUCCAAACCCAAAAUACUCAAUACCCCAAUACAAGACCUUCUAGAACCUGCUGAUAUAGCAGCACCCACGUCACAAAGUCAAGAACAGGAAAAAACAGUUCCCGAACCCAAAAUACUCGAUGAUACCCCACUUCAAGACUUUCCAGAACCUGUUAGGAUAGCACCCACGUCACAAAGUCCACAUGAGGAAAUAAACGUUUCUGAACCCAAAAUAUACGAUGAUACCCCAAUUCAAGACCUUCCAGAACCUGUUAGGAAAGCACUCAUGUCACAAAGUCAGGAACAGGAAAAAACUGUUUCCGAACCCAAAAUAAACAAUGAUACCCCAAAUCAAGACCUUCCAGAACCUGCUAGGAUAGCACCCACGUCACAAAGUCAACAUGAGGAAAAAAACUUUUCUGAAACCAAAAUACCCAACGAUACCCCAAUUCAAGACCUUCCUGAACCUGAUAAGAUAACACCUACGUCACAAAGUCAGGAACAGGAAAAAACAGUUUCUGAAUCCAAAAUACACAACGAUACCCCAAUUCAAGACCUUCUAGAAACACCUCCAGUAACGGAUCAUGAAUCCACACCUUGUCUUGGCUCUGAAAGAAAAACUGCUCAAAAGAGAAGUCCUCCCGUUUGCAUCACCCCUGUACGACAAACACGAUCCAAAACCAGAUCCCAGACCAGGCAGCAGCAUUUUCAUGUCCAGUCAGAACCAGAGCCGGCCUUGGGAGUUUCUGACUUAAACAUCGUGGAAUUCUUGGAUCAGGACUCUGGGCCACAUCAAGCACGCAAGGAGAUUCCCGAAGCGAUGGAAACAUCUGAAAAUGUGGACGUGACCCUUCCAGACUCCCAGUUGACUUUUGAGUUAGACGGGGUCGGACUGAGAAUCCGGGACGAUGAAUUCAGUCAAUGAAAUUUCCAGGAUCAUGGAUCCACAGGAUCAAACUUUUGUCUGCUGAGAAUAGUUGCUUUUGGAACGCUCUUACUUUUGAUCCCAGAUUCCAUUACAGUUUUUCUUCUGUUAUACAGGGAUUAGUCUGGUCCUGACAGAGACCCAUUCAGUGUUUUUUAUUUUAUUUAAAAAAAAACAACAUCUGUCAUUCCAAAGUUGUAAAGAAAGUAGAGGAAGACCUUGGCGUGUGCUCAAUCCAGGAAGGAGAUGAAUUCCCUCAGUGUACAUAAUUCACAUCCGUUAGUCUAAAGUUGUUUUUAUUAAAAGUUCCUCUGAGGAAAAACUGCUGCUUCUUGUGAU